GUGCCGAUUUGAAAGAGCGAUUCAAAAUGUCUGAUGAUGAAGUUGCCAAGUUCGUCAAGGGACUCCGAGCAACAUUUAUAGAAAUUGAAGAUUUGCCCAUGCCAACAAUCGCGGCUAUAGAAGGUGUAGCAGUGGGAGGUGGCUUGGAGCUGGCCUUAGCAUGUGACAUCAGAGUUGUGGCUGAAACAGCCAAGCUGGGACUCGUUGAGACCGGUCGGGGCCUUAUCCCUGGGGCCGGGGGUACUCAAAGAUUGCCCCGAGCUGUCAACAUCAAUAUUGCCAAAGAACUUAUUUACACUUCAAGAGUAGUCACUGGCAAGGAAGCAAAGGAAUUAGGCGUUGUCAAUCAUGUAGUACCACAGAACACCUCAAACAAUGCAGCCCUAGAAAAGGCUUUAUCUUUAGGAAGGGAGAUAAUGCACAAUGCACCAAUUGCUCUCCGUUGUGCCAAACAAGCAAUCAAUGAAGGAAUACAACUCAGUAUCAAGGAUGGUUAUGAAGUCGAGCAAAAAUGUUAUGAGAUAAACAUACCCACAAAAGAUCGCCAGGAGGGUAUGAUAUCUUUUAUGGAAAAGAGAAAACCCAUUUACGAGGGUCAUUAGAAUAUUCAUAUUCAGUCAUUGGGGAAAUCUAGGAGCUGGUACAUGGUAUAACGUGUUGUUGGUAAUAGGAUAGGUAAGGUAAUGGAUGUUGCCAAUUAAUUCGCAUAUAUAUAAUAUAUAUAUAUAUAUAACUACCAAACUAAUUGUUAAAUAAAGAAUGUAACUAGUGAUAAACAUAUUGCUGCCUCGUUGUGUAGUGUUCCAUGCACAGAAACAAAGAACUAUUUAAUAAUAUCUGUCACGUCACGGGCACCCGUUGAAAUAUUUGAUGCGAUCAAUUGUCACGAUUUUCAUCAGAUCGAUCGUAAACACAAAUCGUACCGUAUAUGGCCCCCAUUUACGGUACGAUUUGUCGUCAGAAUCGAUAAAAGAAUUAUAAGUGGAUGAGCGACGAAGGCAGCUGAUUAUAAAAUAAUAAAUCAAGAAACCUGUUAAUAUGUAUAUUUAUUACACAUGAAUUUAUUAUAAUAAAAUUAAUGUUGUGUAAAUCAGAGUACAUAAAGUUUAAUAUUUAAUUAAUAUCAUAUCAAUACAUGGACUUAUUAACUAUGCAUAAUAAUACAUUUAUUUUUGUAAUCUUAUAAAAAAUAUAUUUUUGUUACAAGUA